AUGCACAUCUUAGUGGUCAACGACGAUGGGCCACCGAGCUCGCAGUCGUCACCCUACGUGCACACCUUGGUCCGCGAGCUACAAGGCGCCGGCCACACCGUCUCAGUCUGCCUGCCGCACACGCAGCGCUCGUGGAUAGGUAAGGCGCACCUGAUCGGUCAGACCGUGAAGGCGACGUACUACCGCCCACCCCCGCCGCCCGCCCACCCGGCCGGCCUUGUGUUCGAUAAGGACGUGCCCGAGAGCCAGGGCAGCACGCACAAGCGGCCCACCACUACGGGGGACGAGGAGUGGGUGCUCGUGGACGGCACGCCGGCCUCGUGCGUCCAGAUCGGCCUCCACCACUUGUUUGCCGACCGCGGCAAGAUCGACCUCGUGCUCAGCGGGCCAAACUACGGCCGCAACACCACGGCGCUCUUUGCGCUGAGCUCGGGCACGCUGGGCGGCGCGCUCGAGGGUGCCGCCUGCAGGGUGCCGUCUAUCGCGCUGUCAUACGCCUUCUUCACGAGGAACCACGACCCGGAGAUCGUGGCAGGGGCGUCGAGGCACGCCGUCCGCGUCGUCGAGGCCCUGGUCAGGCAGUGGCCGCAGGACGGGAGCGUCGACCUCUACAGCGUCAACAUCCCGCUCGUUGAGGGCGUCGAGAAGGCCCGCACGCUCUGGACACCCAUGCUACAGAACUACUGGGCCGACGGCGGUUGCUUCACGGCUGUGGAGGGCUCUGGGGACGAGGACGAGGACGACACCGAGGCGAGGAUCAGGGAGGGCGCCGGAGGUGAAGCUGCGGUUUCUUCGAGCGACGGCGCUGCGCAGAACGGUAAGGGGGCCGUCGGCGGCGGCGAGGGCAACACCCCUGCGAGAACACACAAGCAUUUCAAGUGGCAGCCUAGAUUUACGGAUGUCUACAAGAGUGUAGAGGAUGCGCCGCCGGGUAACGACGGAUGGGCGGUCAAGGAAGGCCAUACGAGGCCAAUUUUUGGCAAGCCGCGACACAUCUACACGGGCAAGAUCUUAAGCUUUGCGUUGUUACCCAUUAGGCCAGUAUUGGAAUCUCACGAGGUCAUCAAAACACUUCCCACCCGUUCGGGUACCGAAAGCUGUUCGGCAGCAGCUCAAGAAUCUGUCAAUACGUCUCCGGUGAGCGACAAAGGGGCGCAAGAUUCGCAGGUCAUUGACAUGCUGCAUGCUCUGAUUGCCUACGACGAUCCUUACGUCCAGCCUCUAAUACUCGAUGCAUUGGGAUCCUUACUACCUAGUGAUCGGUACUGCUUGAUAGAUGCACCGGAGCAGCAACCCGAAGACAAAGACAAGGCAGUUUCACUGGAAAGUCUCAUCCCCGGAGACGGGACAAAGGCACUUCAAGUCGCCUCUUACGAGGCAAUAGAUUUUGACUACGCAGCCGAGCAUCAAAAUUCAGUCGUCAUCAACAGCUACAAGUUCCGAAAGGCCCUGAUACGCAAGCACUUUCUCGCCACGACGGUCGAGAACUGGGUCAUAAAGCACCCGGAUUCGAUAUUAGCCCGGCACGUCAAGCCCAGCACAUCGUUCGAGGUCGACUACGCCGAGUUCCUAGACGACGCGCUCGUCGAGGCCUGGGACCUGCGGGCGAGCCUGGAAAACCAAGACAGGAGGGAGUGGUGGAUCCUCAAGCCCAGCAUGAGCGACCGCGGCCAGGGGAUCCGGCUGUUCAGCACGAUGGAGGAGCUGCAGGGCAUCUUUGACGAGUGGGACGUGGACACUGACGACGAGGACGACGAGGCAGACGGCAUCAUGGCGGCGCACCUACGACACUUUGUGGCGCAGCCCUACAUCGACCCACCGCUGCUGCUGCCCGACGACGGUCGCAAGUUCCACAUACGCACCUACGUCUUGUGCGUCGGCGCCAUGAAGGUUUACGUUUACCGCGAGAUGCUCGCCCUCUUCGCGGGCAGGGAAUAUCGUGCACCGUCCUCGGACGAGGGGGAGCUGGACGCGCACCUCACCAACACCUGCCUGCAGCAUGAGACUACUGCCGCUUCUGCUAGCGCCAGCGGUGGCGCCAAGGAAGGGGGCGAGGCCCCUCCUUCUCCUCCUCCCCCGCUCGUGCGAAAGUUUUGGGACCUGCCAGAGGUGCUGGUCGAGGGCAGGACGGACGUCAGCAAGGGCUCGAUAUUCUCGCAGAUCUGCGAGGUGACCGGGGCCGUGUUCGAGGCCGCGGCCAGGGGCAUGCCGAUGCACUUCUCGCCGCUCGCCAACGCGUUCGAGGUCUUUGGGGUCGACUUCCUCGUCGACGCCCAGGGGGUGGCCUGGCUGCUCGAGGUGAACUCGUUUCCGGACUUCAAGCAGACCGGGGACGAGCUCCGAGACGAUGUGGUUGCGGAACUGUGGAGGCAGGUGCUGCGCCUUGCCGUCGUCGAGGGUGGCCCGUUGAGGUUGGGAGCAAAACGGGAUCGUGACCAUGAUGGACAUGACGAUGAUGAUGCUACUGAGACACACUCGGCGGCGGCUGGCGGCGCCAAGAUGGUUCUCGUGAAGGAUGUCGAUCUUGGCAAAGAGGGCCUCUUGGGCUUUCUCGGGUGA